CUCCAGCACAUGUUCCUCUACGAGUUGACUUGACAAAACGAGCGAUGCCCAUACUUUUUAGAUGUUGCCAAAGAUUAACAGGAAUACCAUAAACUGAACAAACAAUAUGAACAGAGACAUGGAAAAAACAGCCAAGAAAGCACAUGAUGAUUUGAUGGACCUUAUUUGUCGUGACUUGAAAGAAAAAGAAGUCAAGUUAUACAAGAAACGCCUUAGCACUCCCGAAUAUGGAGGAUUUAGGGCAGGGGAAGUUGAAAAUAUGAAAACCAUGGAAGAUGUUUUAUCUGCUCAAGAGAAGCGAAGAAUUUUUACCAUUGGCGAUUAUAGUAUGCUUAAAGAGCAGUUACAAAAUAUUCCCCAUGAUUCACUGGUGGUGGUAGUCACACAAUAUGAAAAAAAACUGAGAGAUCAAGGUGUUACAAUUAAACAAAAACAAGAAUCUAUGGAUGCGGAACCGUAUGUAACAUCUCCUGGUUUAACCAAUACACCUGGGAUUCCUGCUCGCAAAGACCAAGGCGAUUGUUAUCCUGCUGGUAAUGGAUAUGUCGUGUAUAUCUCAAUCUUUGUUAAAGAAAAAGACCAUACAGGACAUUCUCGAGAUGGUGUACUAGUAGACAAACGAAACAUUCGUCGUUUCUUUAAAGGUAGAGAGUUUACGUUUGAAUUCUUUGAAGACACACGAACACCAGAAGAAUUGUGGGAAAUCAUUGAUGAUGUAAAAAAGGAUGCCGAGGACAGCAGCAGUUUCUUCUUUAUCAUCUCAAGCCAUGGCAAAGGGAUCACAUUGAAAAACGAGUCUGGUGGGGCUGAAUUACACAAGGAUACCCAAAAGCCAGUUGUCAUUUCUGAAGAAAUCCGGUUGGUAGAGACCAACGCAUAUGUUCGAGUUGAUGAAAUAGUGUCAAAGUUUGAACAUUUUAUGAUUG